UUGAGAGAUGGCAAUCGGAGUUGCACGCCCAGUUUGAGAGAGGCGACGAAGCAGGCGGACAGAGCCGAGUCGCAAUUACCGCAGAGAAGGCACUGAAUUACCCCGCCGGAGAGUGAUCGGGCAGGCAAGAACCAUGGGACACAGAGUUAGCUGAACGUCCAGAGGGCUUUGCGAACGAACCAAACGCUCUCGCAGUGGAGUGUGACAUGGCCACAGGCUGGUCAAGGACGGACUGCAGCAAUAACCAUGGUGGGAGGUCACAGCUACACGUCACCGUUUCCUGUGCCAAACUGAAGCGGAAGAAGAACUGGUUCGGUACGGCCGUCUAUGUGGAGCUGGCAGCUGAGGGGGAGACCUGCAGGACCGCCAAGUCCCACAGCUCCUCCAGCCCCAAAUGGGAGGAGAGGCUGACAGUGAAUGUAACGCCCAACACCAAACUGGACUUCAAGGUGUGGAGCCACCACACGCUGAAGGCCGACGCACUGCUGGGCAGGGCAGGGCUGGACAUCCACCAGGUCCUGGAACAGCACGACCGAAAACUGGAGAAUGUGAAGGAGGUUCUGAAGCUGACCUUGGACAGUAAGAACGGCGUGGUCCCGGCGGGGGAUCUGAUCGUCGUCCUGGACGGCCUGGCAGUGGAACAGGACACCCAGCACAACGGCGCUGGGACGGCCACUGCCACCGGAACCACCAUCACCACCAAAGUCCAGCAGAAUGGGGAGGCCAUCCACGAGCAGAGCGGGGAGACCUCGAGAGCCGGGACCAGGUCCAGCCCCGGUCCUGGUUCCGGCUCCAGCGGGGUAGACGGCCCGGGCCCCUCCUCCUCAUCCUCCGCGUCCGAUCAGAACGACUCUGGCGCCGCCCCCGUCGUCAACGGCAACAGCGACGCCUCCUCCUCCUCCCCCACCCACCAGACAGCCAGCCCCCCGAACACACCCACCCCCACCCCUGCCCCCAAACCCACGGACACCCAGGUGGCCAAUGGGAACGGGGCAGUAAAUGGAGAACCACCUGCUGCUGCUGCUGCUGCGGCUGCUUCUGUUCCUGCUGCUGAGGAGCAGCUGCCCCCUCCUGGCGGCUCGGAGGAACGCAGUAACGGUGCUUUGUCAACCUCGGCAGCCGACUCCACCCCCGCCCCAGGCCCCGCCUCCUCAUCACCAGCCGCCGGCGCGGCUGCAGCAGCGGCCGCCACCCCUUCCUCAUCCUCCUCCUCCUCCCCCGCACCUUCAACCUCGGCGACCUCCAACGCGGAUGCCCAGACCGCGCAGGAUGGAGCCAAGCCCAGAGCGCAGCCGGGCAUCGCCACCACGGACCCUCUCCCGCCGGGGUGGGAGCAGAGGAAGGACCUGCAUGGCAGGACGUACUACGUGGAUCACAACACCCGGACCACCACCUGGGAGAGGCCACAGCCGCUGCCCUCAGGCUGGGAGAGGCGUGUUGAUGACCGGGGCCGGAUCUACUACGUGGAUCACAACACCAGGACCACCACCUGGCAGCGGCCCACCAUGGAGUCAGUCCGCAACUUUGAGCAGUGGCAGUCCCAGCGCAGCCAGCUGCAGGGAGCUAUGCACCAGUUUAACCAGAGAUACCUCUACUCAGCAUCGAUGAUGUCCGCGGAAAAUGACCCCCUUGGUCCCCUUCCCCCUGGCUGGGAGCGCCGCGUGGACUCGAACGAUCGGGUGUAUUUCGUCAACCACAACACCAAGACCACACAGUGGGAAGACCCCCGCACACAAGGGCUGCAGAAUGAGGACCCCCUGCCCGAGGGCUGGGAGAUCCGCUACACUCGCGAGGGCGUCCGCUACUUUGUGGAUCACAACACCCGCACGACGACCUUCAGCGAUCCGCGCACUGGGAAGUCCUCCGUAACCAAAGGCCCACAGAUAGCGUAUGAGCGCAGCUUCAGGUGGAAGCUAGCUCACUUCCGUUACCUGUGCCAGUCCAACGCCCUUCCCAGCCAUGUUAAGAUCACGGUGUCUCGGCAGACCCUGUUUGAAGACUCUUUCCAGCAAAUCAUGGCCCUGAAGCCAUAUGACCUGAGGAGAAGGCUGUAUGUCAUCUUCAGGGGGGAGGAGGGGCUGGACUACGGUGGCCUGGCAAGGGAGUGGUUCUUCCUGCUGUCCCACGAGGUCCUGAACCCCAUGUACUGCCUGUUUGAGUAUGCCGGCAAGAGCAACUACUGUCUGCAAAUCAACCCCGCCUCCACCAUCAACCCCGACCACCUGUCCUACUUCUGCUUCAUUGGACGCUUCAUCGCCAUGGCGCUGUUUCACGGCAAGUUCAUUGACACAGGCUUCUCCCUGCCCUUCUACAAGCGCAUGCUCAACAAGAAGCUCACCAUCAAAGACCUGGAGUCCAUCGACCCCGAGUUCUACAACUCCCUCAUCUGGAUCAGGGACAACAACAUCGAGGAGUGCGGCCUUGAGAUGUAUUUCUCCGUGGACAUGGAGAUCCUGGGAAAAAUCACUUCACAUGACCUGAAGCCGGACGGCGUCAAUGUGCUGGUGACGGAGGAGAACAAAGAGGAGUACAUUGGGCUGAUGGCAGAGUGGCGGUUCUCUCGGGGGGUGGAGGAACAAACCAAAGCUUUCUUGGAUGGCUUCAAUGAGGUGGUACCGCUGCAGUGGCUGCAGUACUUUGAUGAGAAGGAGCUGGAGGUGAUGCUGUGUGGGAUGCAGGAGGUUGACCUGCAGGACUGGCAGAGGAACACAGUCUACCGGCACUACACCAGGAACAGCAAACAGAUCAUCUGGUUCUGGCAGCUGGUUAAGGAGGUGGACAACGAGGUGCGGCUGCGGCUGAUGCAGUUUGUCACAGGGACCUGUCGGCUGCCACUAGGGGGCUUCGCUGAGCUGAUGGGGAGCAAUGGGCCUCAGAAAUUCUGCAUAGAGAAGGUUGGCAAGGACACCUGGUUACCCAGGAGUCACACCUGCUUUAACCGACUGGACCUGCCUCCGUACAAAAGCUUCGAGCAACUGAAGGAGAAGCUGCUCUUUGCUAUCGAGGAGACUGAAGGAUUCGGCCAGGAGUAGACAGGGAUUUUUGUCGGGUUUUCACAUCGAGGACCUUGUUUGAAUGAAUCUAAAAAAAAAAAAAGAUGAAAAGAAGAUGCUCUUUUGCAGUUUACCCAGCCAAGUGGAGAGAAAAAAACAAGAAAAGAAAAUUGCACAGUUAACUACUAAUGUACAUAAGCUAUUUUCUCAUUUAAAACUAAAUCUUCCUUCAGAACCUCGUUUGGCAAUCCCCCCUCCCCUCCCCCUACCUCUUCCUCAUAAAUAUGCAAACCAUUUCAGCUUUUUUUCCCCUCUUUUAAAAGCAGGAAUCUGUAUACAGUCUAUAUAUAUUUUAUUUUCUUUUGCCUGGUUUUUAAAAAGAACAAGAAAGGAUUUUAUAGCUGAAACACGCCCUGUGGCUCUAGUUUUAUAGAGCUUUAACGGCAAUUCUCUGGCCCCGGUUCUAGCGCCGUGGCCUGUUCGGACCGGUCCUGUGUACUGUUACCACGAUGACCCUGUGCUUUCUUGGCUGUCUGUCAAAGUGAGGAACGGACCGCCCUCUUUACGUCAGCCCCGACCCCUGACCCCGGAGACGUUCCCAGGACAGCAGGCUCUACAUAUCGGAUGUGUCCAGUCUCAUAUCUCUGUUUUGAUAAGGAACUGUGACAAAGCACUGUUAUCAUUCUUUUGUUUAUUUGGAAGAUUAGUUUACCUUGUUGUCCCAUGCCCCCCAUCCACACACACAUACAUACACACACACACACACACACACACACAUACUUAAACAUGACCAAUAAGCUGGUUCUUAAAUACAUUCAGUCUUGAUGUGUGUGUGUGUGAUAGGAGAGUGGGGCUCUACGAUCCCUGUGAUGGUUGGAUCAACAGUGUGCUAUCAGUCACAGACUCUGAUGAACCAAUCGGAGGACUUUGCUCUGAAGUGUAACACACUGUGAUUGGUGUACAGUAAGUAGGUCAUUGGUCACACAAUGGCACUAUUCUUUUAAGGGUUCAUGGAGCCUGACUCUUCCAGCUGUGUGCGGCAGGGCUUGUGAACACAUACAGUAAGUCACAUGAAGAAGCCUGUUGUCACAGUAUCUACAGUUUUCCCCUCUUCAAAAGUUUUGGUGGGACUAGGCUAAAUGGGUGCAGAAUUAAGGUCACUGCAUCCGUUUUUUUUUUUUUUUUUUUUUUACUGAUCCAGAUUGGAUCAAAUCACACUGCUUAGAUUUUUGUAGAAACGAAAUUGAAAUGGCGUCAUGCUGCAGUUAUGGAUUCUGCACGCAAGAUGUAUGAUAAAGCAGAGGCUUUUCUUUCUUUGAAAUCUUUGCACGAUAGUUACGCUCACAGAUACUGCAACACAUUAAUGAUGAGAAAACGAGACCUCGUUAAUAUCGUGCAAUUGGUGACUCAAGAUUUGAGCCAAUCAUAGUGUUGUUGCCGUCGAGAGCAGUGUCUUCUGAUUGGUUCAUGUCAGUGAUUGACAGCAAAUGGUAGCUCUUGAAGGUGGCUCUUGAAGCCCCUUAGGCACAGUGUGCAAAGCCCUUAAUAUAGCAGACUUUACGGGUAACACACAUGGGGUUGGGGGUUGGGGGUCGGAGUUAAAACCGGGAAAGGGGGUUUAUCUCAAAGUGGCAGGUCUGAUGACUGGCACUCUUAAGCUUUACUCAAGCCAUUACAGCGUGCUGUUUCACUUAUUUUUCUUACAUUAUUUCCUUUUAAUUUAUUACAGUAUUGUUGAUUUUUUUUGUGUUUAUUGGGGGGCAAAAUAAAAACAAUCUCUUGCACAAACCGCUCUGUGGAGAUCCAAAGGGAAUCUAGCAUACUACUCUGAAAGGCAACUCAGGCAAAGUGGUUGGUUGGAACGUACCUCUUUUCUAUCAGACAGCAUAAGGGCCAUUUGCUUUCCUUGGGUUGAGUGUUUUCCAGAUACUUGAGUUUCUCUGGACAGCAGAUAAUAUAUGGGUGAAAUAUCAGGUGGGAGAUAUUAAAUAUGCCGCAACGGUAGCCUAUGGUGACGUGCGUUUCCACAGUGAUGAACUGGAGUAAUGAAAAUCCUUGACUGAAAAUCUUGCAAUAAUUUCCCGGGUGAAACAAAAAUAAAAUAAUAGACACUGACUCUGGGCUUGAUGGCAGUUUUCCAUGGACACUGUGUGGCUCUUCUACAUAAUGCUUUACAGCAUAUAGUCUGAAGUUGAGACUAUAACAGAUUGUAGGCGUUAGGUAAUUUCCAUAAAAUGAUAUCUUAAAUUUCACCUUUUUUAACAGAAGGAGCAUCAUCAUCCUUAU